GGAGGAUGUAAGGAAAUUGUCCAAUACCUACCUACCGCCCUACACAUAUCAGGGAGAAGACAAUUGAAGAUUUCUAGUGAUAGCAGAGGCGUCACCCAGCCUCAUAUCUCAGAUUGCAUUUCAAUUGGCAGCUCUUGUUCUCUCUUGUGAAUUGUAUUGUAUAUUAUUUUGUUGGCCCCGGCCCAUUAAGCAAAAGUGGUGUCACUUCCCUCUCCCCUCUUCCCUCUUCCCUCUUCACUCUUCACUCUCGUCCCUCAACUUCACUCCCCUCACCCUUCCCUCUCUUUUCGCUGGUCGUUACUUCCACAAUCAACACAUUGGUACCCAUUCGGACCUUCUGAAUAAAAAUUCUUUUUUCCCUCUCACCAAUUCGUUAAUUUUAAUUCCUUCACCUUCCCUCUCUACCCGCACUCACUUUUUUUCCCUCUUCUCUUCUCUUCUCUUCCGACUCAAUUCUUCUUCUACUUUGUUUUUCUUCUUCUUCUUCUUCCACCACACACCGUCUCGACAUCAACUUACCCAUUCUCGUCUUCCUCUUCCCCUCUCCCUCUUUAAUAAAGUCAUUACACAAUUCCUGAAUCAUUAAAGAUAUUCCAAGCAUCGAAAUUCUUUUUCACACUCGACGAGGUCGCGUCGUUUAUCCCCAUAGAAUUUGUUACCUCCUUUACUCGUUACCAUCACCGACAGCAAACCUUGCACCAAAUAAAGUGAUCGAUCCGCCACUUUCAAUUCCGACCCAUUGUCGUCAUGUCGCAUUUGCCGGGUCAGCAUGAUAUCCAUCUUCAUGGAACAACCGGUGCCGAAUCGAGUAAUCACUCAUCCGAUACACCUCCAAACCACUUGAGAACCAACAUUGAACCAGGUCAAUUUGACGAAAAGAAUGGUGGUGUUCAACACACUUCUGCUGAUGCCAUCAAGCAUGAAGAAGAGGAAGAAGAAGAUGAGGACAUGGACGCGUUGAUCGAUGAACUCGAAUCUCAAGAUGGUCAUGCUGAAGAUGAAGAAGCCGAAGAAGAAAAUGGUCCUGCUCAAGAACGUCCUGUCCCCGAAGAUUUACUUCAAACAGAUACUCGCAUUGGUCUUACCGAUUCCGAGGUUCAAGCUCGUCGUAAGAAAUGGGGUUUGAACCAAAUGAAGGAAGAGAAAGAAAAUUUGUUUCUCAAAUUUCUUGGCUACUUUAUCGGUCCUAUUCAAUUCGUUAUGGAGGCUGCUGCUGUUCUUGCUGCGGGUCUUCAAGAUUGGGUCGACUUUGGUGUCAUUUGUGCUCUUCUUCUCCUCAAUGCCACUGUCGGUUUCGUCCAAGAAUACCAAGCAGGUUCUAUUGUCGAUGAACUGAAAAAGACUCUUGCCCUCAAAGCUGUUGUUCUUCGUGAUGGUCGUCUCUAUGAGAUUGAAGCUCCUGAAGUUGUCCCUGGUGAUAUUCUUCAAAUUGAAGAAGGUACCAUUAUUCCUGCCGAUGGUCGUAUCGUUACCGAUGAUGCUUUCCUUCAAGUCGAUCAAUCUGCCAUCACUGGAGAGUCUCUUGCUGUCGACAAACAUAAGGGUGAUACAUGUUAUGCAUCUUCUGGUGUCAAGCGUGGUGAAGCUUUCAUGGUUAUUACCGCCACUGGAGAUCAUACAUUCGUUGGGCGUGCAGCAGCUUUGGUCAAUCAAGCCUCAGCAGGAACUGGCCAUUUUACUGAAGUCUUGAAUGGCAUUGGUACGGUUCUUUUGAUCCUGGUUAUUUUCACCAACUUGGUUGUCUGGAUCUCGUCUUUCUAUCGCUCGAACCCAAUCGUUCUGAUCCUCGAAUAUACUCUAGCCAUUACGAUCAUUGGUGUCCCGGUCGGUCUCCCAGCGGUUGUCACUACUACCAUGGCUGUUGGUGCUGCUUAUCUAGCCAAAAAGAAAGCUAUCGUCCAGAAAUUGUCUGCUAUCGAGUCACUUGCAGGUGUCGAAAUCCUUUGCUCAGAUAAGACUGGUACAUUGACCAAGAACAAGCUCUCUCUCGCCGAGCCAUUCACAGUUCCAGGUGUAGAGCCUGACGAUCUUAUGCUGACUGCUUGCCUUGCUGCCUCGAGAAAGAAGAAGGGUAUUGAUGCCAUUGAUAAGGCUUUCUUAAAAUCUCUUCGUUACUAUCCACGCGCCAAGUCAGUCUUGUCCAAGUACAAAGUUCUUGAGUUUCAUCCUUUUGAUCCUGUUUCCAAGAAAGUUCAAGCUGUCGUCGAGUCGCCUCAAGGAGAAAAGAUUAUUUGUGUCAAGGGAGCUCCACUCUUUGUUUUGAAGACAGUUGAAGAAGACCACCCAAUCCCUGAAGAAAUUGACCAAGCCUACAAGAAUAAGGUUGCUGAAUUUGCCACUCGCGGUUUCCGUUCUCUUGGUGUUGCACGAAAGCGUGGUGAGGGUCAAUGGGAGAUUUUGGGUAUUAUGCCUUGCUCGGAUCCACCACGUCAUGAUACCGCCCGUACCAUCAAUGAGGCUAAGACUCUCGGACUUUCCAUCAAGAUGUUAACCGGUGAUGCUGUUGGGAUUGCUCGUGAAACUUCAAGACAGCUUGGACUUGGCACCAACGUUUAUAACGCUGAACGUCUUGGUCUUGGUGGUGGUGGAGACAUGCCUGGUUCUGAGGUCUAUGAUUUCGUCGAAGCCGCAGAUGGAUUUGCUGAGGUUUUCCCUCAACAUAAGUACAAUGUUGUGGAAAUUCUUCAACAGCGUGGAUAUCUUGUGGCUAUGACUGGAGAUGGUGUCAACGAUGCCCCAUCACUGAAGAAAGCCGAUACUGGUAUCGCUGUAGAAGGUGCUUCGGAUGCCGCUCGUUCAGCCGCUGAUAUCGUCUUUUUGGCUCCUGGACUCGGUGCUAUCAUUGACGCUCUCAAGACUUCUCGACAAAUUUUCCAUCGCAUGUACGCCUACGUUGUCUAUCGUAUCGCUCUGUCAAUACAUCUUGAGAUUUUCCUUGGUCUCUGGAUCGCCAUCUUGAAUAGAUCUCUCAAUAUUGAAUUGGUCGUUUUCAUCGCCAUUUUUGCAGACGUCGCAACUCUUGCUAUUGCUUAUGACAAUGCACCAUUCUCCAAAACUCCUGUUAAGUGGAACCUUCCAAAAUUGUGGGGCAUGUCCGUUCUCCUUGGAUUUGUUCUCGCCGUCGGCACAUGGAUUACUCUCACCACCAUGAUCGCUCGUGGUGAAGAUGGUGGUAUCGUUCAAAACUUUGGUGUUCUCGAUGAGGUUGUCUUCCUUGAGAUUUCUCUCACAGAAAAUUGGUUGAUUUUCAUCACACGUGCCAAUGGUCCUUUCUGGUCAUCACUCCCAUCAUGGCAAUUAACUGGAGCUAUUCUCAUCGUUGACAUCAUCGCAACAUUUUUCACCUUGUUCGGUUGGUUCGUUGGAGGUCAGACUUCGAUCGUUGCCGUCGUUCGUAUCUGGGUUUUCUCCUUUGGAGUUUUCUGUAUCAUGGGUGGAGUUUAUUAUCUACUUCAAGAUAGUUCUGGCUUUGACAACCUAAUGCAUGGUAAAUCACCAAAGAAGACACAAAAACAAAGAUCUCUGGAAGAUUUUGUCGUCUCACUUCAGCGUGUCUCCACACAACACGAAAAGUCGGCUUAAAACUUAAACUUCAUAAUUUACAGGUGCACAUUAAUUAUAGAAUGUGCAGCUUUUACGAAUAUUCCCUUGUGUUAUUAAUUAGGCAGUUCGUGUGUAUAAAACUUCAGACGGGCUCAUAGGUAUCAAAACUGCUUGCUAUUUUCGAGCUAAAAAGUUCAAAUUGCUUACUUGCUGGGAAUAGAACUCGUACAUUGUUUCUUAAAUAAGAGAUCAAUUACGAUUAACUUUUGGCACAAGGAAAUUGAAGCAGAUUUGAGCGUUUUUAGUCAUUUUUUAUUUAGAUGAUAAUAGCGUCAUCCUAGAGUCUUAAAAGUCUUUAAUAAUUACAAAUAAAUUUUCUUGAGUAUGAUUUGGGCCUGUGAACA